UUUCACGAACUUGAAGUUUUUUUUUUCUCAUCUUAACCAAAAACAAAGAUGAAGCUCAUGGUUGUACAAUUCUGCAUAAUCUUUUUUCUCCUCACAUCUUCAUUUUUUGUACCUUCAACCGCUGAUUCGUCAUGUGGUGGAAAGUGCAACGUGAGAUGCUCAAAGGCAUCACAACAUGAAGAGUGCCUCAAGUAUUGCAAUAUAUGUUGCGAGAAGUGUAAUGGUUGUGUUCCCUCUGGUACUUAUGGAAACAAAGACGAAUGCCCUUGUUACCGUGAUAUUAAAAACUCCAAAGGCGGCCCCAAGUGUCCUUGAACAUGUUUUUAAAGAUCAUCAACACACACAUGCUAUUAAUAUUUAUAUGUAUGAAAGAUCUUAGUAACAACUA